CUGCGCAGGCGCGGCAGUCGUGCGACAGCCGUCAUUUACGGCCGGAGCUGUUCGCGCUGGGAGUUGGUGGCGCGGUGCAGGGCUCUUAAGAACGAACGGCUUGGGCGCGGACUGGUAUCCGGGGACUGUGACUUGCAGGGUCCGUCAUGGAGCCAGAGCAGAUGCUGGAGGGACAAACGCAGGUUGCAGAAAAUCCUCACUCUGAGUACGGUCUCACAGACAAUGUUGAGAGGAUAGUAGAAAAUGAGAAGAUUAACGCAGAAAAGUCAUCAAAGCAGAAGGUAGAUCUCCAAUCUUUGCCAACUCGUGCCUACCUGGAUCAAACAGUUGUGCCUAUCUUAUUACAGGGACUUGCUGUGCUUGCAAAAGAAAGACCACCAAAUCCCAUUGAAUUUCUAGCAUCUUAUCUUUUAAAAAACAAGGCACAGUUUGAAGAUCGAAACUGACUUAAUGGGAAGAACAGAAAAAUUUAGUUGCUACUGUAGAUUUACAUGAUUAAGAGGCAGCUUUAAUUGCCAUGAUUAUAUCCCCUUUUUGGAUGUAUAAGAACCUUCAGGACAACAGAACUUAUUUCUUGAAUUGCAGAAGAGAACAUAUUUCCCUUAUUUUGAUUUAAUCAUCAUAAACCAUACUUAUUUAAUGAGUGUAUCCUGUGCAAUUUUUUCUCAGAUUGUCUUUGUUUUUAAAAUGACCUUCAAAAUAAACUGUCAAAACACCAUUA